UCAACAAUCCCCCUCAACCAUCUAUCCACCAUGUCGUUCUUUGGCUUCGACACUGCACUUCCAGACGACCCCCGGGCCAAGGGCCCGGGAUUCCACGCACAUGCCAACACGGACGCUUUCAACCUAGGCGGAGCCGGUGUCGAGGAAGACCUCGCCGUCUAUCAGUGGGGCGAAGGUGACGCUUCCCUCUUGGAGGGUGGCGACGAGCUGAAUGACGAGACUUUUGGUGACUUCGACGACAUAGCCGCCGACUUCAACUUUAGCGCCGCGCCGGCACCCUCGAAGCCCCGUGUUGCCUCCACCAAGAGCCACUUUGGCCCUAAGGCUGUCGCGGACCCCUUCGCGAUGACUGAAGACGACUUCUACUCGUCGUCAUCGCGCCCCGCGCCGAAGAAGGCACAGAAAGCCAAGAAGAAGGAGCCCGAGCCGGCAUGGGCACGCGCAUCCCCGGCCAAUGCAUGGGGCGCCCAGCGGCCACCACAGCACAUUCCGAGCAUCGACGAGAUCGAGGCCGGCAUGGCCGCCGCGCGCGUCAGUGACAAGCGCGCCUCGCAGCCGAAGCAGGUGUUUUCACUCGAGGAAAUCGAGCGUCAGCUUGUCUCGGCCCCGCAACCUCAAACUGCGGCCGUUCCAGUUCCCGGACACCAGCGCAACGUCAGCCAGCACCAGCAGAUGCCGAUGGGCACGCCGCCGGCGCACCCCACCCCGCCUCCGCAGGGGAACUAUAAUCCCCAGGCCGUGCUUGACUCGAUGUUCCCUGAUAUGCGUCAGGCGCAGCAGGGCCAUGCGCCGCCUCCCCCGGGGAUGGGCCCAUCUCCCGUCCCAACGAUGCCGAGCGCACUGCGCGACAAGACCCCCGAGCAGCUUGCCGCCAUUGAGGCUCGUAUUGCCGCAAAGAUCGAGAGCAUGAGCAAGUUCAACAAUCUGAUGGGCAAUUCGGACAAGGACUUCAUCACACGUAUCCAGUUGUCGCAGCUCGCCACCAGCGACCCGUACACUUCCGACUUCUACGCGCAAGUGUUCUCAGCACUCAAGCGGCAGCAGGGGCCAGAGGGACCCAAGGGUCCGAACAUUGUGCAGGCCGCACCGGGGAUGGGCUUUGGUGUGGGCGGGCCCGCCAACCGCUUCGGCAAGAUGGGCAACGCGUCCAUGCAGCGCCUCGCGACGCAGGUUCGCAAGCUCGUCGCAUCGAGCAGCAAGCGACAGGCCAACAUGUCCAACGAUGCACUGCAAGGUGCGCUGGGCCGUGUACCUGCCCGCCGUGGCGCGCAGGCAACCCCGCGCCCUGUACUUAACGUUGGCAACUCCAAGGCCGACCGCCACCGCCCAAUGCAGCAGCUGAACACCAGCUCCGAGACGCGGCCCGCCCUUACUCGCAAGCAGGUCAUGUUUGCGCUGGAGGAGUUGUACGACCAGGCGCUCGACAUUGAGCAGCUGCGCCGCGACGCACCCCCGCCCACCGACGUGCCGCGCGUCGAGGCGUGGAGCCAGGCCUGUAACGCAAAGGUUGAGGAGAUGUGGCGCACCCUCAUGGUCAUGGAGCCGCUCGGCGUCAGCACACCUCACCCCUUCAUCUCCCUGCUUAACCCGCUCAAGGGCCAGCGUCUCUUUCCCCGUCUCCUCCGCCACCUGCCAAGCAACGAGUCGCUCACCCUCCUCACCCUUCUGGUGGCUACGUACCCGCAGCUUGACGUGGUGGCGCGCGCCCCUCCCCCGCCCGUCGCUGACGCAUCGCUCCUCACGAAGGCCGACCGGCUCGACCGCGCGCGUCGCGAGGCCGAGACGGACAGCUUCUUGCAAUACGUUGUUCCCGGCGUCGACACUCUCAUAAAUCAGUGCGGUCUCGGCCUGAUCUCGGGUCUACUGGGUAUCUGCUCGCAGCGCAUGGACAUUGGCCAGGUGGCAGCGACGCGACCUGGUGUAGCGCUGUUCACUGCGCUCCUCUCUCGCGCUCAGAGCCUCCUCCGCGCGCCGCCUGAGCACUCACCGACGGCCGAGGAGGUGGACCACUGGAACAAGACGUUCGCCUACUUCCUCUUCCACAUGGUGCCGCACUUGAACGGCGUGUUCCCGAGCUCGGUGGCGCAGAAGGCCGCCUUCGGGCCCGGCGCGUACCUCCUCGACCCGGCGUCGCAGCUUGAGGGCGUUGAGCUCGAGCGUCGCGAGGCCGAGGCGUGGGGCUUUGCGGCCGCGCUGGCCGUCAACGCGCCGGAGGACCGGCAGACCGAGCUCGUGGGCGCGCUGCGGGACAAGAUCCUUCACGCUGUCCAGGCCGCACGUGACCCGCACACCAACCGGGCCCGCGCCGAGCUCAAGCUUCGCAACGUCAACAUGUUCCUCCACGGUCUUGGGCUGGACGCGAGCAUGAUCGAGUAGAGGGGUUGUGUGCACGAACCACACAAUGCCCAAGGGGCGUAGCCUGUGCAAUAUACCCCAACCAUCCGCGCAGUGCAAGGAGAAGUCGAGUGGAGUGGAGUUAGAUCCAAGUCAUAGUCCGUAUGUGAUGCUUGCUGUCUUCUCGACGAUGGCGUCUGUCGAUGUUAUGAGUACAUGGCG